GGUAGAAAAAAGAUACUAGGUUUGUAUCACCAGGAGGCUAAGGUCGCGGUGGAGUCUUUUGAGUAACGAGGAACCGGCACGAUGAGUGCGACAACAAAGUAAACGAAUACUAUAGAUAAUGACAAGGGAAGCCAAGUCGCAGAAGCAAGGCAAUAUUAAAAAGAGGGGAAAAAUAAAAAUUAGUAAAUAUGCACCGAUUUGUAAGUGGUUACCAAAGUACAGUAAGUACCAAGCGAUUUCGGAUGCUAUUGCUGGUAUCACACUGGGACUCACGAUGAUUCCUCAGAGUAUCGCCUAUGCUACUUUAGCUGGACUAUCGGCACAAUACGGCCUCUACUCAUCAUUCCUUGGUGGAUUUCUUUAUGCAAUUUUCGGAUCGGUUAAAGAGAUUUCGAUAGGCCCGACUUCGCUCAUGGCUAUUUUAACAAUGGAAUUCACGAAAGGCACGAAUCCGGACUUUGCCAUUCUUCUCGCUUUUCUGGCCGGCUGUGUUGAAUUUCUAAUGGGUUUGUUGGAUUUAGGAUUUCUCGUGGAUUUUAUAUCACUACCAGUUACAGCUGGCUUUACUUCUGCUACAUCCGUCAUUAUUAUUGUAUCACAAAUAAAAGGUCUCUUAGGUCUGAAGUUUCAAUCUGCUAAUUUGAUUGACCAGAUGGUUAAAAUUUGUCAAAAUCUAAUGAAUGUGAAACUUGGAGAUACACUCUUAGGAGUUUCAACUAUUCUAAUAUUACUCUGUCUUAAAAAUUUAAGUAAUGUGAAAUUCACAAAUGAUGGACUUCGCCACGUCAUCGUGAUAAAGGCACUUUGGUUCUUUUCCGUUGGCCGUAAUGCUCUCAUUGUUUUGAUAAGCUCCGUAAUUACUUUUUAUCUUCAUCAAGCCGGACAAACGCCAUUCGUACUUUCAGGUACCGUGCAAUCGGGACUUCCAAGUAUUAAGCUUCCAAAUUUCACUACUGUCGUACAAAAUCAAACGUAUAGCUUUAUGGAUAUAUGUUCUCAUUUAGGAUCAGGUAUAAUUGUAAUACCACUCGUCUCUGUUCUCGCUAAUGUCGCGAUUGCUAAGGUUUUUUCUAGCGGCUCAGGGUUUAAUGCCUCCCAGGAAAUGCGCACAUUGGGACUGUGCAACUUGUUGGGAAGCUUCGUAAGCUCCAUGCCGAUUUGUGGAGCUUUUACGCGUAGUGCAGUCAGCCAUGCAAGUGGUAUUCAAACGCCUAUGGCUGGCAUUUACUCCGGAAUUCUGACGAUGUUGGCAUUGAGCUUUCUAACACCCUACUUUUAUUAUAUUCCAAAAACAGUUUUAUCAGCCGUCCUUAUAAGUGCUGUAAUUUUCUUAAUUGAUUGGAAAAUAGUUCAACAACUUUGGCGAGGAAGCAAAAGGGAUGCUAUAGCGUCCAUUGGAACGUUUUUCGUCUGCAUUAUCUUGAAUGUGGAAGCUGGACUUUUGGUUGGAAUUGUUUUUAAUAUCCUGUAUCUAUUAUAUUUGUCAGCUAGACCAGCGAUUCAAGUAACCGAGCGAAUGGUUACUUUAGAACUCAAAUAUUUAUCAGUUCAACCGGACGUCGGCUUAUUCUUUCCAGCUGUCGAUUUUAUAGUUAAUAAAAUUUCGGAAAUUGCAGAUGAGCGAGCGUCUGACAAUAUUCCUAUAGUUGUAGACUGCCAGAGGUUCCGUGGCGUGGAUUAUACCGCAAUUAAGGGUUUAGAAAGACUUUCCAAAGAUAUUAAUGAACGAAAUCAAUGUUUAUGGUUUGUUAAUCUUAAUUCCAAGGUAACAAAUACUAUACAAAAAUUAGGUGACUUAAAUAAUUUGAAGAUAUUGAAAGACGAAAGUGAAGUUAUAGCAAUCCUGUGUGAACAUGAUUCCGAAAGUAUUAUAAAUUUCAAAUUUGUUAAGGAGAAGCCCAAAAAAGAAAUACCCAUGCAAACUAUUAUUACACCUAUAGAAGUUGAAUCUCUUCUUACUAAGGAGCAUAACAUAAAUCCACAAACAAAAAACAGAAGUUCAUAAACGAUGAAGUAGUCAAUAUGAUUAGUUAAUAUUAAAUUAUUAGUACAAAUAUAAUAAAUGUGAAUUAUUGUAAAUUU